UCGGAAGCUGCGGACAGGCGGAGGUGAAAGGUUGUAUCUGAGCGGUGGUGUAGCAGAAGUUUGACGACCAGAGGGGAACAUGGAGGAAAAUGAAGAUUUUAAUACUUGUUUUCCGGACAGCAAAGCCGCUUAUGUGCUAAGUAAUGUGGCGGAAGUGGUUGAACGAAUUCUGAAUUUCUUACCGACCAAGUCUCUACUCCGUAUCGCAAGUGUUUGCCGGUUGUGGAGAAACUGUGCCCGGAGAGUGCUGAGGACGCAGCAGCAUCUGACCUGGGUUUCGGCCUGUGGACCGUCCAACUCCGAGGUCCAUACUCUGUGCAGUAUCUUGGCUGAAGAAGUGGAGAAAGUAUUUCUCCUACCCAAAACGGUUUUGGCCAUGGUAGACUCAGAGGCUUUCAGUGGACAGGCUUACUGCUACAGACAGAGUAAAGCAAAGAAGAGUCGUCACAGUCCAGACACGGUUGAAGAAUUGAACCUGCUCUUUCCCAAAGGCUGUGACAUAAUGGGCAUUGCUACACCAGGAAUAGUCUUGACUCCCAGUGGCUCCUCCUCCUCCACUCCUCCUCAGGAGCACCAGGAAGGUGAGGCUGGCUUUGCAAUAAUGUUCCCUAAGAUGGAAGGCGUCCAAAUCAGACCUUUUCACUUUUGCAAAAAGUCCAUUUCUCCAGCUGCUCUGAAAGAAGCAGGACUAACAGACAACCCAGAGCUGCGUGUUGUUCUGAUGUUUGUGUACGAGGCGUAUAAACCUGGAGGAGAACGUUUUCUCAACCAACUGCUGGAGCUGCUCGGCAAGAGUAAAGCUCUCAUCGCUGGAGGAAUAGUAGAAAGUGUCUUUUCUCCUCCCAAAACCUGCUGUGGCCAGGGUGCCUACGGUGUGGUGGGCCUGGCCCUGAGUGGUCCAAAGGUGCAGGGAGCAUCUGUGCUCCUAGACCAGGACGUCACCAGUCCAAAGGCAGCUGAAGCCACGAUCCGACGGUUAAAGGCGGCUAAGAUCCCAGAGAGGAACACUCUGGGCUUCAUGUUUGCCUGCGUGGGGAGAGGUCAGAAUUACUACAACAACCAGUCCAAUGUGGAGGCCGACGCCUUUCACAAGGUCUUCCCCAGCAUGCCGCUCUUUGGCCUGUUCGGCAACGGGGAGAUCGGCUGCGAUCGCAUCAUCAAAGACGACUACACGCUGUGUGAUGCUGACACGGACAGCCUGCAGCACGAGUACACCACCGUCAUGACCCUGGUCCAUCUAGGUUGACUGAUCCGCCCUCAGCCCCGCAGAGACGAGGGACCAACUGUAGGAUCGAUCACCUGACGCUGUUCCUGUUUGUCACAGCAGCCGUGAACGACCAACAUUAUGUAGAAAAUGUUACUGCCAUAGUGACUAAAAAUAACAGCCCUUCAUUCCCGCUGAUACAGCAGGAAAUUACCCUUCAGCCUUUAAUGCAUUGGCAACUUUAGGGAAACGAUUCUCCCACGAGACCGUGAGUGAGUGAACACAGUUUGAUGUUAAAAUUAGUGGCUUUCACACAUGGAUCCCAAAAAAAAAUCUAGCUCAUCAUUCAGCUAAUUCAGCUUAACAUUCAGCUGGUAUUAGGCUAUAUUAGUAGUACUCUUGUAAGAUACAAUGUACAUAUAUAUUUUGUUUUUUUUUUAUGGCAUAUCUUUCUUCAACCUCAUGGUUUGAUUGCUUUGCAAGUGAGUAAAUAUUAUACACACUCGAGUAUCCCAAGUUGUUGUUAGAAUUGUUGAUUCAACCAAGGCACUUUUAACUCAUGUGAGUCUGUGGAGCAUGCCCCCCCCCCCCCCCUCCCCCCAAGUCAAGGUAACAUCCAUCUGAAUGCUCUUCCUGCUCCUCCUUUCAGUUUUUGUACUUUUGUUCUUGCAGGAUAGAACUGUUUCCACACCCUCUCACCUUCUGCUCACUGUUUUUCUGUGGAUUAUUUUUAAUCCCUGUGAGGCCAGAGCUCCUGCUUUUAUAGGGUAUAAUCUCUAAUUAAAUUGUGGAAUUGAUCUUAGUGGAACAUAAGAAUGGUUAAAAAAAAAG